AUGCGUCAGCUUUUAGAAAAGUAUACAGAUGAGUAUGAAGGUUUUCAGAUGGAGAACGUGACGACACAGCCUCCCAAGAUCGCUGUUGGGGUAACUGGUUAUCUGCUGGAUUCGUCAGCAUAUUAUCUCACCCCAUCAGAAUGCAAACAUGGACGAGACCCCAAGCUUGAAAACCCCGUCGCUGAAGCCUCAGCGCCUAAUAAGCUGGCGACUGCCCCCUACACCACACUGGGGCGUACACAGCGGCGAUGUCUGACAUAUCUCCAGGGAAUAUUGUGUCUCGUAUCUUCGCUGUCCGCAACCAUAUACUUCCCACUCGUUCCGCUCCUCGCAUCACAGUACAACACUUCUCUACAAGCAGUCAAUCUGACCAUAACCCUCUACACCAUCUUCCAAGGCUUGGCACUAUCAUUCUGGAGCCCCCUUUCCGACCAUCCUGGGCGGCGCCCUGUAAUCUUUCUUAGCUACUUUGGAGUCUAUACAGCGGCGAGCAUGGGUCUCUCCGUCAGCAGCGGCAGUUAUGCCGCCUUGUCUUCGCUCCGAGCAUUACAAAGCAUCGGGGGUUCUGCUGUGUUGAGCACAUCCUACGGUGUGGUCGCCGAUGUGAGCACCCAUGCUCGCGAGCGGCAAUCUGGGGCCGUGACUCGGACCGGUGAUCGGAGGCGGGGCCAUAUUUGCAACCGGAGAGCCGGUCUGGUGCUUCCGGAUCUUGAUCAUCUUGGGUGGAAUCUGCUUCCUGCUCAUUGGCUGGACGUUGCCCGAGACCAACAGAACGGUGGUCGACAACGGUUCGGUGGCUGCUGUUGGUAUCUAGAGGACAUAGUGCAGAAACGGGGUCAUGGGACCAGUGAGAAAAAUCAAAGGGUGAGCGAUCCUCAUGGGGGUGUCUCACUUCAUCUCUGCGCACAGUCAACACAAGCAGUCGUAAGAGGAAAGAUUGUUAUUCCCAAUCCAUUUGCUUCGCUGCUUAUCGUGCUCUCCCGAAAUAACGCGCUCAUUCUAUUUUUGGCGGCCAGCCCUUAUUCGGUCUGGCACUUGGUACAAACAUCUAUUCCUUUCAUAUAUGGUCGAGAAAGCGGUGGGUAUGGCUUCAGUGAUGUUAACGUUGGCCUAUGCUGCUUGACUGGAGGUGUAGGAGUCAUCACUGGUGGCUUUGUUGCCGGCCAAAUGAUGGACUACAAUUACAAGGCCGUGACACAUCGGGCUGGCCUGCCUGUAAAUCGACAAAUUGGUGACAGUAUGAAGAGCUUCCCCAUCGAAGAGGCCCGGAGUAGAUGGUCCAUUGCAAAACUUUUCGUAUCGGUAGGUGCUCUUGUCGGCUAUGGCUGGACUGUGCAACAGGACAUCCACCCAUCUGUUCCUCUACUUCUUCAGUUCUACAUUGGAGCAAAAUGCACAGUUUUGCACCAAUCAUGUAGUGCUCUUCUGGUAGACAUUCACCCAGAUAGGCCAAGUACCGCUGCAGCGAGCAACAAUUUUGUGCGCUGCGCACUAUCAGCUGCAGCUGUAGCUGCUCUUCAGCCGCUCGUUGAUGUCCUGAACAGAGGCUGGUUCUUCACCAUGGUCGGCUUACUCGACCGGGGUUUAUGUAUUAUUGCGGUCGUCGUUCUGAGGACAUGGGGGCAGCAAUGGCGCAAUCGCAAAGUCACAGAGUCAACCCUUAUGGACUGACAGAAUCGUUUGUUUGCGGAGCUGAAGAACUAUCUCUCAACCUGGGCAAAGCUAGGUUGCGAGAGAUAUGCGACAAAACGUGUAGUACCCACUGAGAUAUGACAAACUCCCCUUGUCGAUCCUCGCGUUCGCAAACCACUUCAUCUCCCCCAGA